UCUCUUUCUCUCUCUCCCUCUCUCUCUCUGUGUUUAUUUACUCAUGCAGCAGUGACGGGCCUGACUUUGAGUCAGUGAGAAGAGAGAGGAAACAUCAUGUCAGUGUUGUGGAUUCUGUCUCUGUGUGCACUCAUGUGUCCGAUAUCUUCAGCAUCUCACUGGCGGAGAGCUCUGUACCCAUCAGCCUUCAGAGUGAAGCGAGGAACGCCAGCGCUGCUCAACCCCUCGUUUCAGAAAUCAGUGGAAGAUGCCAACCUUCUCUAUGAGGUGUUGUGGUCUGGAGCGUACAGGGACACAGAGCGAGGAACACUGCAUAUAUCUGAUCAGGAACUGGCCUCUUUAAGAAAACUGGAGGUUCUGGACGUUCUGUGUGAGGACGUGCUGCCCAGAACUCUCUCUGAGAUCCAGCGGCUCAGCGCUCACCUGGCACAGCAUCACGGAUCGCUGCGGAUGGAGGACUUCGAGCGCACUGUACUCACUAUGGUGUUCACAGCCCAACAUGUCCAACACACCAACCCUGGCCACCAGAGGGAGCUGUGGGCAAACACCCUCUUACGACUCUAUAAAGCCAUUAAAGGAGACCUCCAGCCGGAGUGACACAUUUUAAAAUACAACACAAUACUACCAUAGAUUUCUUUAGCAGGCGUUUAAAGACGUUGCUCUGUAAAAUCUGGGUCCUGAAGUCUGUAUUUACAGCGUUUCACUGUGGUCUGACUGUAUAUGUGCAUUUUAAGAUCAGCGUUUGCAUAAGUUCACCUUCACAAUGACAAAUCACAUUCUUUGCAUAAAAGGUGUUGUUUAUCUCAAGCAGUCCAAUGUGAUGACACAUUAUUAGAGAAUGAGGUGUAGUGUCCUUGUAAGACUUUCCAUUUAUCCUCAGACUAUGCAUCUGCUCAUAUAAUCAUCAUCAUCACGUCCUUGCUCGUGUUUAACUGACUUAACACCAGGAGUAUUCCCAGCGGCAAAUCAAAACCUGCUUUCUCUGCUAGAAGGGGUUUCAGAAGACUGAAAAUAUCAUCAAAGUUCAAUCUGCACAUCUUUUCUCUUGAAUUAAAUUAAAGCUUCCCAUAUAUGA